AUGCUAACCUUACCGAUUUCUUUUUCAUCACCCAUUGUAAUUAGUCUUAGUAUUUUAACAGCCGUUGGUGCUUAUGUUCUAUUCGGGCCUGAUCUACAAGAUCGACGACGACGUGGUUAUCCCGGUGGAUUAGUUAAUUAUGGAAAUAAUUGUUUUGCCAAUGCUAUUGUUCAGUGUUUAGCAUCGUCGUCCAUAUUUGUUCGAUGGGUUGAAGAACAUCUACAAAAUAAUAUUGUUGCUAAAAUUCUUCUUGAUCUUAUUAAAUCCAUCAAUGGUGAGUCAAUAUCUUAUUCGCAAGAAUCAACUGUCGCUACAUUAAUUGAUCGUAUGCGACAACCAAAAUGGUUAAGUCCAUUCGAGCAACAAGAUAGCCAUGAAUUUCUUCUGUCACUUAUUAAUUCAUUAACAGCUAGACAACCAAUUGAAUCAAGGCGGUUUGGUUUUGCUGCAUGUCUUGAUUCCGAUGAACAAGACAUGGAAAAUUCCAUGAUGCCUAGUGAAAGUCCAUUAAUAAAACCUCAUCCAUUUCAAGGUUUACAAGCAACACAAUUACAAUGCACACAAUGUAAAAAUAAAAAUCCAAUUAGUGUUUCUCUUUUUGAAACACUUUCAUUAAUGAUUCCUGAACGACAAAUAUCAAAUCCAGGGUUGUUUUCAGUUCGAUACCAACGAAAUUUUACAUUACAAGAAUUAAUUGGAAAUUAUUUAAAAUCUGAAAUUAUUUCGAAUUUAACAUGUAGUAAAUGUAAAUCAAAAGAAAAUCUAUCACAUCGAAAAAUAACAACUUUUUCCAGACUACCAGAAAUUCUCUGUUUACAUAUUAUUCGUACAACAUGGACCAAUGAAGGUUGGCCAACGAAAAAUACUUCUCACGUAUCAUUUCCAGAUCAUCUUGAUAUGAAUGCAUUUAUUUCCCUAUCACGCCUAUUGCCUGCUAAUAUUCAUUCAACUCAAACAACCAUAAAGCCAUCAGCAGCUCUUUAUCGACUUAAUUCUGUACUUGUACAUUUAGGUGGUAUUAGUGAAGCCGGACAUUUCAUUGUCUAUCGACGACGGAUCAAUAGUAAAGAAUGGUUUUCAAUAUCGGAUGAUCAUAUUCGAGAAUGUAAUGAACUUGAAGUAUUUAGUUCUAUGGCAUAUAUUUUAUUUUAUGAAAGAAUAAAAAAAUUCUCAUAA